UUAGCCUGUCUCCUCUGCUGUGGGGCAGCUUCUCAGAACUUCUCCGUCACGGCAACUGGGAAUCCAACCUUUCACAGGACCAAAAAUAGCACCAUACAGAAAAAAAAAAAGCUGAACAUCUUAGUCUGAAAACAUUUUUUCACAAUGGAUGAUCAUCGCAGAUAUAACUGCCAAACUUACUGUCAGACCUGCUUAGAAACUGGGAAUAUCAGCAGCACCUUCAAGAUCAGAAGGACGACCACAACAAGACAGCUGCUGUUUUUCACGAUCGUCCUGACCUUCUACAUUGUGGAUGUGGCUGAUUCCUUCGCUUCGGCUGAGACUUUAUGCGGCGGCGAAUUGGUGGACACGCUGCAGUUCGUGUGUGGUGACAGGGGAUUUUAUUUCAGUAGACCACCAAGUAGAUCCAACAUCAGAAGGCCACAAAAAGGAAUUGUUGAAGAAUGUUGUUUUCGUAGCUGUGAUCUCGGACUUCUCGAAACGUACUGCGCCAAACCUGCAAAGUCAGAACGAGACCUUUCUUCAACAUCACCUCAAGUGAUACCUGUUUUAAAUAAGGAUAUUUUAAAGAAGCCUGUGGUGACCAAGUAUUCCAGAUUGGACUUGUGGCAGAAAAAGGCUGCUCAGAGGCUCCGAAGAGGCAUCCCCCCCAUCCUCCGAACCAAGAAGCUCUGGCGACUCGUGGAAGAAAUCCGAGCCAAGGAGCACACCUUGUUCCACCGGCCCCUCAUCACGUUGCCUAGCCAGCUUCCUCUUAUAGGGCAGUCUUCAACAGAAAAAGUCAGCCACGUAUGAGUUGCAAUUGUUUGCACAAAGGGCGAUAAAAGACAAGGGGAUUAUAGCUUUGUUCAUGGCGUCCAUUCUGUGGCAUUGUUCUUGAUCCCUCCCCCCACCACACACAUACACGGCCUUUUUUUUUUUUAAGAAAACAAACUGGAAAAAAAAGGUCACAAAUUGAACAGAAGAUGAUUCAGACAGAUCUAGGAGAGGGUGUGAGAGAGCGAGAGGGUGGGAUGAGGAGAGAAAAAGACACGAGGAUUGUGAGGGGGUGUCACUCUUUUUUUAAAAUAGGGGGGAGGGAGAGUAAACCCCAAGAGGAAUGGCUGUUGACUAACCAGUCAAUGAAAGAUCUUAUUCCAUACAAAUAAAAGUCUUUGUGUUUUUAAAUCCAUAAUUAUUUGCACCUAUACCUAUAAAAAAGGGAUACACUUUUAAGGAGUUUAUAUUAUUUGUUAAUUUAGAUUCCUGAUCCAGCACCUUCUAAUCACAUGAGAAAAAAAAGGCAGACGUUCAACAUUGUGAAGAAAGUCUGCAGUUGCACAUUGCCACGGAUUACGUCAAUAUGUUUGUUUUUUAACCUAAAGAAAAGAAGGCACUAUUUUUAUAUGAACAAUAAAUUGUAGCUACAAACAUGUUAUGGUGCUAGCUUUGUGAACAAGCUUCAAGAAGAGAAUGACGAAUAUGCACGUUGUUUUGAAAAAUUUUAGAACUUGAAGUGAACUUUCCGUUUUAGGAAAAGUGUGAUUUUUUUUUUUUUUUUCUUUUUCUAUUGGUUUUCUUUUAAAAUAGCUUGGUUUUGGCAAUGCAAAAUAGGGAUGUCACAGCAUGCAGAUAUUGGAGGUGUUCUACCGUUUUAAGUUCUUAAUACACGUUUCUUUAGUUUUUUGAACAUAAAGAGAAAUAAAAAAGAAAAAUAAUGGCAUCUGCUUGACAGGUGCCACUCCCUCUGUAAAAUGAGCACCUGUUUUGCUUGAUGUUGCAAUGCGCUUUCAAAUGUAGGGUCUUUAUUGACAUCCAUUUUGAAAACCAUCCACUCCCUGGUACUGUGACAUUCCUGGUGCAAGAUAGGCUUCUAUUUUAAAUGCACAAAUUUCACUUCAAAGGGAAAAACAGCAAUAAUGUCAACUAACAUUUUAUCGUCUAUCACUAGUAUUCAUAUGCUUUGCUUUGGGGGGAGGUGGGGUGGGGGAGAGAAAAAAUAAUAAAAAUGAAAACAAGAAAAAUAUAUACUUGAAUCUUUGUAAUUAGUUUCCAGGGACAUCAUGGUAUUUUUGUCUUAGUCUGAGCUGUAUCUUGCAUAUUGAGCCGCCAAGCUUACUUUUUUUUUUAUCAUUAAAUACAAAUAAUGGCACUGUACAAAGGCAUUAUUUAUUUUGUUAUAAAAUAUAUAUAUAAAUAUAUAUUAAAAAAAGAAAAAUCGGUCCAAAUAAUAUACGUAGCACUGAUGCGCAACUGACAGAUGAACUAUUUUGUCAAUUUUUUUAUAAAUAUUAUUAGUAAUGCUUUUGUAGAUGCUUUUUACCAAAAAUGAAAAAAAAAGUAAAAUUCAGACAAAGCCUACUACAGUUUAUUGUAUUUUUAUUUUUUUAAAUGUUCUUUUUUGCUGCAGUAUCCUGACAUUUAUAGGCUUGUGAUGUCAUUAUGGUAGAUCUAGGUUUUUGGCACAUACCCUAUUAUUUCAAUGUCACAUUUACAAUACUGGCUUAAAAAAAAAAUAAUAAUAAUAAUCCAAAUGAAAUUAUAAUGGCAAAAUUAACAAGUCAUUAAAGUGAUGAAGAGGAGGGGUGGGAAAUUGAAUUUAAAAGAAAAAAAAAAGACUGCUUUCUCUGUACUAGAUCUGCCGACAAAUUCUUCAAGCCACUUCCAGUAUUUAUUGCUGCAGUUUGAAAAUGGGUUAUUUAAAUAUGUUGAUAUUAAUGUAUAGCAUAACUUAAAAAAAAAAAAAUUGAAUAAAUCCAGCCAACUGACCCUGUGGAAGAAGGUGGGCUGAGUUUGAAUGUGUAUAACUGACAUGACUUCUUAUUUUACAAUGUGGUUGCUGCAGCCUUCUCAGCGAGUAAGCCUCGAAUAAUGCACAUUUAUUUUGUGUUUUUAUUGUUAUUUUUUUGUCAUUGUGGCCAGACAUGGCUUCACAGUUUGUCAGAAUUCAACGCAAUUAUUUAUUCAGAGCUUACUUCUGUGCUACUCCUUUCUGGCAACAUAUGAAAUUAUAAAAUUAUGAAAAAAAAAAGUGAUUUUUUUUUGUCUUUUUGUUUUAAUGUGUAACAUCAAUAAUGAAGAAAAAUGAAAAAAAAAAAUUAAAAAUUAAACAAAAAAAAAAAAACAAACAAAAACAGUUACCAGUAUUUAUCCAAUGGUUUUCAAAAAAAAAAUCUCAUUUUCAUUUCAAAUGAAGGGAUUUGUCUGUAAUUGCGCUCACAUGGAUAGCAUUUAAUGUUAAUGAAUUCAGUUAAAUGUAUGUGUUUCUCCUUAAUUUAACCUAUGCACACUAGACUUUAAGCGGGCAAAAUUCACAGUUGAUGUACUUUCAUUUUAAUAUCAAUAAAACAAUUUAUUGUUUAUU